CAAAGCUGAACAGCUUGAAUGUAUUAGACAUGGGGGACUCUUUCGUCAUAGCAAUAGAUUUUGGUACUGCAUAUAGUGGACAUGCCUUCAGUUUGACUGCCAAGGAAGCUAAAAGUGAUAUCCAUGUAAAGAAGUGGGGAGAAGAUGUUGGUCAACAAACUCCAAAGACUCCUACUUGUAUCCUCUUCAAUGAAAAGGAAGAAUUGAUCAGUUUUGGGUAUAAAGCCCAAACUGACUAUUUCAAAAUGAAGGGAAAACAAGCCAAAGAAUCUUACUUAUUUGACUGCUUCAAGAUGUCCUUCUACGGUAAAAAUUUCAACAGGAAUCUGAAAAUCAAAGCAGCCAAUGGAAAUGCAUUACCAGCUUUUAAGGUUUUUACUGAAGCUCUCAGAUUCCUUAAAGAUGAUGCAUUACAAACCAUUAAUGACAGUGCAGCUGGUAAAAAGUUUAUAGCCACUGAUUUCACCUGGGUGCUGACAGUUCCUGCCAUCUGGGAUCCUUCAGCUAAACAGUUCAUGAGAGAAGCUGCAAUGCAGGCAGGGAUUGUUGAAGAAAGAAAUAAAGAAAAACUUAUCAUUGCUCUGGAACCAGAAGCAGCAUCUCUCUGGUGUAAGCAGCUGCCUGCUGAAGGUUUCAUAGCAGAACACCAAGGGCAAACCAAACUAGAACAAUCUCCAGGAACACAAUAUAUUGUUGUUGACUGUGGAGGUAUUGAUUUAUAAUAUUUAUUUUUUU